AACGCUAGAGAUUGCAAAACUAAUUGGCUAAGAAAAUUUCUAAAUCUCUUACUAAGUCACUUCUCGGCUUCUCGAAACCCCGAACUCGUUGCUCUUCAUUUAUGAAGUACAACGAUGUACAAGGUACCAAGGCGCAAACAAAGAAGAGAAAGAUUCAACUUCGUAGCGAAUCGUUAAAUAUGUAAACAAACCCUAAAGAACAAUCAAGAAGUUUGGGCCGAAUCCUGCAAAACAGCCUAGUGUUGAAUAAGCCUUGACAAGCUUUAUUUUUGGUUGCUUGAAAGAAACACGAAGACCGGCUUUAUGUUUCAUUUUGCUUUUUGAGCCAUCGAAAUUCGUGUGAUUUUCGACGUCUGGGCUAAACCCCAGAGUACUUGCUUCUUUAUUUGCUGUAAUAGCUUACCUCGUUUUCUCUUUCUUCCUGUAUCGUCAUUAAGAACGUGCUUCCCUUGAAUAAAUAGAAAACUUCCGUUAUCUAGGGCAUUUUGCUUCUUAGUCCUGCUCUUCUCGACUUACUCGUCUAUUCUAUUCUCCUUGAGGUUUCUUCUGUAGCCAAUUCACUCUAAUUCUGUUUAAGUUCUUGCCAUAGAUCCUUUUGUCUUUCGUUGUUUAUAUUAUGUCUACUUCACAACCGCAAUCUCGCAUUAAUCCUAACGAUCCAAGGUUCGAGCGCUAUGAUUGUCUGCCCUGUCGCCUCAUAGGUGCUACAGCAUUUACAGGGCUUGGCGCUUAUGCCUACUGGCAGUCAAGGAUUCCCAAAAGUACCCCACAUUACCGUACAAAACGGUUAGGCCUAUUGUCAUUAGCCACAGGAUUUAUCAGUGUUGGACUGUAUCGCUUGGUUAAUUAAUGCACCCCAUUCUUGAAAUAGUUCUCCAAACAAUUCUUUCUCGGUACACCAAUAUAUACUUAUACUGUCCUUGACAGCUUUACAAAACCAUUCUAUCGUUUAUUAAAUACGGUAUUCAGAUUUGUAUUUACAUUUAAAAAUAAAGAUAAAGAUAAGAUAAAAACAAUUAAAACAGGAACUGGAC